UUCCUUCAGCUGUGUCUUAAAGUGAAUCUUGUUGGUGGAGGAGAGCUCGAGCGUCGAAGCUCUGCAUCGCGUGCGCCUCGGUCAAGCUGCUACGACAUCAACACCAGUCUUUCACCCCUCGAGAGAAGAUGACAGAGAGCGGAGCAAAAUAGCUCUUGUAUAUCUAUUUUUAUAUUCUACGGUCAAGCUCAUCACUCACUUUACUCCUACUCUUCCUUCCCUGAGAAAUUAUAAUAUUCAACGUUUCGCGGCGAAGCUUCCAUAGUCCGUAUUCUUUUUCAGCAGUAAAAAAGGCCUUUCCCUUCAUCUGCGGGUGUCAUUCAGCAGUGGUCCUAGAGGAGUGGCUUUGUGGGAUAUGGCCCAAUAGCAGCAGACCGUGAUGCCGGACCAUGACAGCGACUCCUUCCUGAGCAGACAGACCAAGAGAAGACGAGUGGACAUCGGGGUGAAGAGGACUGUGGGCAGCAACGCCGCCAACGCAGCAGCAGCAGCCACAACCAGCGCCGACAUCGCCCAUGCCAAAGCAGCAAUCUUCGGUGCUAUGAACUCUCUCAACUCCCACCACCAUGGCUCCGAUGCAGACUCCAUGGACUGCUCCAUGGUGCAGCCGCACGGCCACGCCGGCGUCGUCACAGCAACCAAUAGCGAGUCCAAGUCCAACGUGCUCCGGAAGCUCCUGAAGAGAGCCAACUCGUAUGAAGACGCCAUGAUUCCCUUCCCCGGCGCCACUAUCAUCUCCCAGCUCCUCAAGAGCAACAUGGCCAAGAACGGAAGAGGAGAGAGAGGGGAGAGGGGGGAGAGAGGAGAUAGAGAGGAUGGGGGGUUCCCCAGGUCAGGCCUCUCCAGUGGGGGUUCCGAAGCCCCCCAGGAGGACGCCUGCAGUAAUUCGUCCCAGGACAGCCCCCAGGAGUGCCUGUCCCCCUUUGGCCAUCCCCCGGCUCUGGGCGCCUUCGACCUAGAGCGCCUCAACGACGAGCACCUCCGGGCCAAGCGUGCCCGCGUGGAGAACAUCAUCCGGGGCAUGAGCCACUCACCCGGCGUGGUGGUGCCCACACGCCACCUCGGAGAGCGGGACCACGAACUGGAACAAUGUGGACGGGAGAGAGAGCGAGAGAUGGACGGUGACAGGGACAGAGAAAUGGAGAUGGACUGCCCCCCACAGCCGCCCAGCCCCAGGGGAGAGGUGUGCAGCCGGGAGAACAAAAGGAAGCAGCGCCUGCCCCAGCAGCAGCAGCAGAGCUUCACCCAGCUGGUGUGCCAGCGUAAAGAGCAGAAGCAUGAGGAGCGCAGGCAACUAAAGCUGCAGCUGGAGGACAUGCAGAAGCAGCUGCGCCAGCUGCAGGAGAAGUUCUUCCAGAUCUACGACUCCACCGACGACUCAGAGCAUGACCUGGCCCAUGACCUAGGCGACAUGUCUGAGGACAGUGCUGGGAGGUCUGAUGCUGGGGGAGAUGACCGGACAGACCGUUCCGACAAUGAGAUGUCAGACCUGGAUCCGGGACACUUCCUGGACCGAGCAAGGGCGUUGCUCCAGGAGCAGGCCCUGCUGGCUGAGGGGGACAAGCUCAGGAGAGAGGGGCUGGUCUGGGGGAAAGUUCCUGGUCAGGGCCCCUCCUCCUCCAUGCACCAUGCAGAGGGCAAGCUGCUGGCUGAGACGUUGAAACAGGAGCUUAACUCGGCAAUGAACCAGGUGGUGGACACAGUGGUCAAGGUGUUUGCCAAGCCCCCUCGCCCCACACCACCCCAAGUCUUCCCUCCCCUCCCCAUGCCCCCAGAGAGGUUUGGUGUCAACGUCAAGGGCCCCAACUUCCACACAGCCAACCAGCGCCUGCAGUGCUUUGGCGACGUCAUCAUUCCCAAUCCCCUGGACUCGUUCGGCAGCAUACCUGUGCCCGGCGCCAACGACCAGACGGAGGCACUGCCCCUGGUGGUGAGGAAGACGCAGACGGAGCACCAUCACCAAUCCUCAGCCAUGGGCACCCACGGGGGCCAUCACCACCCCUCCAUGCACCCCUCCUCCCUCUCUACCUCCAUGGGCUUCAGCCCCCCUUCUUUCCGCCACCCCUUUCCCCUUCCUCUCAUGGGUUACCCCUUCCAGAGCCCUCUGGGCCCACCCUCCGGGGGUUACCCAGGGAAGGACCGUUCCUCCCCAGACUCCAUGGACCUGUCCAGGGAGACCACCAGCCUGCGGACCAAAAUGUCAUCAGGGCAUCACGUGGGGCACCACCACCGGUCUUUCUCUCCGACCAACCCUGGGAGCACUGCAGAGGGGCUCUCCCUGUCCCUCAUCAAGUCAGAGUGUGGAGACAUGAGCGACAUGAACGACAUCUCACCAUACUCAGGCAGCACCAUUCAGGAGGGUCUUUCCCCCAACCACCUGAAGAAGGCCAAGCUCAUGUUCUUCUACGCCCGUUACCCCAGUUCCAACAUGCUCAAGAUUUUCUUCUCCGACGUCAAGUUUAACCGCUGCAUCACAUCCCAGCUCAUUAAGUGGUUCAGUAACUUCCGGGAGUUCUACUACAUCCAGAUGGAGAAGUUUGCCCGGCAGGCUAUCAACGACGGUGUCACCGGAGUGGAGGAGAUGAGCGUCAGCCGCGACUGUGAGCUCUACCGAGCCCUCAACAUGCACUACAACAAGGCCAAUGACUUUGAGGUUCCAGAGCUGUUCCUGGAGGUGGCUACGAUCACGCUGCGUGAGUUCUUCAACGCCAUUGUGGCGGGCAAAGACGUGGACCCAUCCUGGAAGAAGGCCAUCUACAAGGUGAUCUGCAAGCUGGACAACGAGGUGCCCGAGGUCUUUAAGUCACCCAACUGUCUCCAGGAGCUCUUACACGAGUAACCCAUCAUGACCUACCUUCACCCCCCCCCCCCUCCA